AUGUCCACAUUGACCUUGGCCGGCCUUGGCUCGCUGCUCACCAACGUUGGCGUGCACGACUUCCAGUCACUCUGUGCCGACAUUCCCAACACGCGCACUCUCAGUCGGCCACCCGACAUUUACCGCCUGAUCCUCACAAUUCUUUUAGCCAAGCUGACGGGUUGUGAUGCCACACUGAUCUAUGAGUCCAUCCAGCUACCAGGCACGCUGCCCAACGGCGACUUGGCCGUUGAGCUGGCCACGUCUUUCCCAGAAAACCACCCGAUGCUCCAGAACCCAACAGCCAGCGGCGUCCACCUUCCCUUCUUCUUAACUCCAAAGCCUCUGUCACACCUCAUCCUCCCUUGUGUUUUUGAGCGGCGGGAGGCGUACGGCCGCGACUUGACUUUGGGCCUCGACGCUUCUAUGGCAGGCGGCGAGAGGCGAAAGAAAGUCGUCAUUGAAUUCUCCUCGCCCAACAUCGCCAAGGAAUUCCACGCUGGCCAUUUGCGAAGCACCAUCAUCGUCAACUAUCUUGGCGAUUGGGGCAAACAGUUUGGGCUGCUUGCUGUCGGUUGGCAGCGCUUUGGCUCCGAGGAACUGCUGUCUCGGGAGCCACUGAAGCACUUGCUCGGCGUUUACGCUCAGAUCAACGCCGAGUUCAAGCUCGAGGAAGAAGAAAGCAAACGAGCCCGUGCCGAGGGACGCGAUACAUCCGAAAUCGAGUCUCGAGGCCUCUACGCCGAGCGAAACGGCUACUUCCGCCGCAUGGAGAAAGGAGAUGCAGACGCCAUCGCACUCUGGCGACGAUUUAGGGAUAUAAGCAUCGACCGAUACAUUGCAACGUACGCACGUCUUGGUAUCGACUUUGACAAAUAUUCUGGAGAGUCUCAAGUCAAGAGUGCUACAGUCGACGCCGCUGAGAGCGCACUAAAGGAAAGCGGCGUCUACAAGGAGCACGACGGCUCAUGGAUCAUUGACUUUGAAAAAUAUGGGUUUAAAGGCCUAGGGACGGCUGUCGUCCGUGGACGCACGGGGAGCACCACGUAUCUUCUGCGGGAUGUUGUCUCCUGCGAGCAAGAUCUGUACUUCAAGCGUGUUUUCAGAACAUUGGAGCUCAUGGGUCGCUCCGACUUGGCUGGUCGACUGCAACACAUCAAUUUCGGCAAGGUAUUGGGCAUGUCUCCUCGAUUAGGCAAUGUUCAACUCCUUGGUGACAUACUUGACCAGUCCAGGGACGCCAUGCAUGACGUUAUGCGUCGAAAUACUACAAAAUACGCUCAGGUGGAGGACCCAGUUUCCGUGGCCGAGUCUGUUGGCAUAUCUGCCGUCAUGGUCCAAGACAUGUCUGGCAAGCGCAUCAACAACUACCCCUUCGACAUCACCCGCAUGACAUCUUUUGAGCGGGACACGGGCCCGUAUCUUCAGUAUAGCCAUGCUCGCGUCAACUCGAUUCUUCGCAAAGCUGGCCUUUCGCGUCAGGAGGUUGCGGAGCAUUGCCUCCGCAGUCCGACCUCGCUGGAGGAGCAUUUCUCGGAUACACCACAUUGCGUCAACUUGCUCCGUCUGAUCGCCCAGUACCCAGACGUGACCGUCGCUGCACUGCGCAACCUGGAGCCCUCAACUAUAUUGACAUAUCUCUUCCGGCUGACACAUCAACUUUCGUCCUGCUACGACGUCGUACAAGUUACCGGCACCAAUGAGGGCCGCGAUGUAAUGCUCAGUCGUGCUGGUCUUUAUGAAGGCGCGCGUCAGGUCUUGGAAAAUGGCAUGAGGCUGCUAGGUCUUAUACCAGUUGACAGGUACGUCCCGUGUGGCAGCGUUGAUUCUCUUGCGUUCAUUUAA